AUGGGUGUUUGUUCCCAGCCCUGUUCACAAACCAAAAACUAUUCCUGUAUCGUUGAAAGUGGAAGGUUGGUGCACCUCGAAGCUGUCCCAAGCUCGCUGGUCCAGCACCGCUCAAACGGGACAGCUCCCGUCCAAGCUACCUGA